CCAUCAUUCAAUAUUUCAAUUACCCAAAAUCCCCCAUAUUUAUACCUCUUCAAAUCCAUCUUUCCUUUUCACCUUCUUCUUCUCCUUCUUCAAUCUGCAGAUCCCAAGAAAAUUAAAACUGCAGAAUUGAAGAAGAAAAUGGUGAACAGUAAUACCCAUCCAGAAGUUGUGCUGAUCAAGCAAGAUGACGAUAAGUUUUUCUCGAGACUUUUGACGAAGGAAAAUUGUUCAAAAGGCGGCGAAUCUUCUUUGAGAUUCUAUUACUAUGAAGGAUCUUCUGGUUCGAUUCCGUUCUGCUGGGAAUCUCAGCCGGGAACGCCUAAACCGUCGUUUAACGGCGGUUCUACGCCGCCGCUCACUCCGCCGCCGUCGUACCAGUCCUCCGCCGCCGCCGGGAAAUCAGUGCAGAAAGCUUCGAGGAAACCGAGGUUUUUGUGUCCGUCUUUUUUCUUCUUCCACAAAGGUUCUUCCAAGAAAACCGUUAGCGAUGUUUUCGCACCUAAUUCUCUCUGGUCUCCCUCGGCUUCGCCGUCGUGUUCGUCGUCGUUCUCGUCUUCCUCCGCGGUGGCCUUAAACCGGCGGCGGCACCGGCGGUCGAGGUCGGAUGUGGGAUUCGAUGAGUACGGUGAUCCGGUGGUCGCCGGCGGUGUUUCUCCGACGUCGACUCUGUGCGGAAAGAGUUUUCGUGUGGGAAGGAUGAAGAGGGCGUUAUUGUCCAUUGUUGGUAGUCGCGGUUAUUAGUUCAGGUAGUUGAGUGCAUUACAAGGCCACCUUAAUCACGCAGUAAUGAUUCUAUGCUUGUUAAUUGCCUCAAUUAUUGUGUUAAUUAUCAUGAAUAAAUUUUUAGAGUAUUUCAUGUGAAAAUCUCAAAAUAAUGAUAAGUGUAUCAUCAAUUUUAAAAGAAAUUACUUAUGAUUAAAAAAUUA